UUACAUUGUUCCUCUAGUGGUUAUCCUCGACCUGAUGUUGUGUGGAGUAAAAACAACGGUACAUUACCACACAAACGAGCAGUAGUUGAUAGCACUGGUAAACUUCAUAUCAAACACGUGACUACCAAUGACUCAGGAAUCUAUCAGUGUAAGGCUUCUAAUCUUCUUGGCAGAACACAAACAACAGCAAAACUCCAAGUGAAAUUCCGUCCUCGACUUACCUUGGGCAGAGGACCAAUUUACACAAAAAUUGGUGAUGACAUUCGUCUACCUAUGUGUCACGUGACAGGAUUUCCUCUGCCAAAAGUCACGUGGUCCAAGGCUAUUGGUUCUUUACCUAAAAGUCGUUCUGCUGUUAAGGAGGGGCAACUUGCUAUACUUAAAUCGAAAAAACAUGACUCAGGGUUAUAUGUUUGUAAAGGUGAAAAUCUUCUCGGUUCUGCUGUAGGAUCAGUUGUUGUAAAUGUUAUCGAUCUGCCUGUGUUUGUUGUCAAGCCUCUAUCGUCGUAUAUUGCCCCUCCUGGUUCGACUGUAAUGCUUAACUGUACCGCUAAAGGUGACCCUCAGCCUGUAAUUACUUGGGCAAAAGACAACGGGMUGCUUCCUCUUGCAAGAUAUGAAAUGAGAGAUGGCUCUUUGAUUAUAAGGAACGUCAAGAAAACAGAUUCGGGUGUGUUUGUGUGCACUGCUACGAGUGCUGGUGUGUUUCACACAGAAUCUAGAACAACGUUGACUGUACAACAUGUAAAGGAGGAUUGCUCAGAGCUUUACAAAUCAGGAGAGAGACAUAGCGGUGUGUACACAGUUAAACCAGACAAUCAGCCUGCAUUUCAAGUCUACUGUGACAUGACAACUGAUGGUGGAGGUUGGACUGUGAUCCAAAGAAGACAAGAUGGAUCGGUUGAUUUCUAUCGCGAUUGGCAGCAAUACAAAACAGUUUUUGGAAACCUAAAUGGCGAGUUUUGGUUGGGUAACGAUUACAUCCAUCGACUGACAGCAAGAACAGCGUCGAGUCUGCGCGUUGAGUUGGAGGACUGGGACGGAACCAGGAAAUAUGCCAAAUAUAGUAGUUUUAGUGUUGGYGAUGAAUCAGACAAGUACAGGCUGAGGGUUGGCWCGUAUUCAGGUACUGCUGGGGACUCGUUAKCAUAUCAUAAYAACAUGGCGUUUAGUACWAAAGAUAGAGAUAACGACAAGWRKAGUGGUGGUAACUGUGCUWCAKKWAAUAWCGGUGCCUGGUGGUAUGAUWAUUGUCAUUAUUCUAAUCURAAUGGARAGUAUCUUGGAAACAAGGUGUCAUAUCUUGGAAUGACGUGGUACCAUUUUCAUGGCAAAUAUCAAARUUUGAAAACUUCCAGCAUGAAGAUACGUGCAAAUAACUUUUAACAAGAUGAACACUUGUAAGGGUUUCUUUACAUUUUUAAAUAUCAUGAAAAAUUGUUUUAACUSGAGUUUUUUCAAAUUUCAUUUACAUGUAUUAUGAAUUGAGCGCUGGUUUUUGUUUUUGAUGUUUUAUAAUCGACUUGCGAUUGAAUGUGAAGACGGAUCUAAUAGCGUCCUAAUACACUUGAAAGUCUU